AUGAUUCAUGUUACAGAAGGCCCUUUGAAUAUAGACCUGUUGCGUGAAAGCUAUCAGAACGAAUUUUUCAGCUACAUCGAUGCUCAACCUUCACCUAAGGUUAUAUAUUGGGAGAAAGAUCUGUUAGCCCAUAUGAGUUCUGUAGUAAACAAUUCGGAUUUGAAAAAACAUGGUGUUAUAAAUUCAUUUCUUCUCCAAUCUGCCAAAGAUUCUUAUUCUCCUUCAGCGUGUAAAUCUGUAAUAUUUAUUAUAAGUCCAAAAGUUAGUAUUAUUGACUCUGUACAAUCAUUUUUAGUAAGAGAUUCACAGUCCAACCAAAGUGCUGGAAAGCAAUAUAGUAUUAUUGCCAUUCCGAGGAUUUCCCUUGCUUGUAAAAGUUUUUUAAAAGAAAAAAAGAUGACCAAUAAAUUUGCCAUGAUAUCUGAAUUUCCCCUAACAAUAGUACCUGUAGAAUGUGAUGUUCUCUCAAUGGAAGAUUCGCAAUGUUUUGCUAAUUACUCCAUUUCCGAACGUCAGGAUGGUGUCUAUCAAUUUGUACAAGGUUUGAUGCGAUUUCAGUCAAUUUUUGGUCUGUUCCCAAAAAUUUAUGCUAAAGGUGAAAAGGCCAUAGGAGUGGCCAAAAUGUUGCGGCGUAUGUCUGAUGAAGCCAAAGUUACAAAUGAACAUCAACCAUCAGUCACUGCAUUAGAUGAAAUUGAAAGCCAAACUGAAUUAUUAAUUCUUAUUGAUCGAGCUGUUGAUCCUUUAACUCCUUUGUUAAAUCAGUUAACGUAUGCGGGACUAGUUGAUGAGAAAUGGGGUAUUCGUUUUGGUAUUUGUCGACCAUGUUUUCAAGCUGAAAAUGAAUCUUCCAAAAAAUUCUUAUUAAAUUCUUCAGAUUUAGUAUAUACUGAAAUAAGAGAUCGAAAAUUUUCUGAAGUUGGUUUAAUUCUAUCAAAAAUUACUAAAGAAAUUUCUACACUUGUUACUCAAUCCAAGUCAGCCAAAGAACUAACCGAUUUACGCGUUGCCGUUAGUCGGAUUCCCGAAAUUCGCUCAAAACAAUCACAGCUGGAGAUACAUACUUCACUCGCAGAAGAAAUACAAAAAUAUGUGAGCACUGAUGAUUUCUUAUCAAUUUUAAGAGCUCAGCAAGAUUUUAUUAAUGGCUACGAAACAGAUAAAGCACAUCCUUUCAUUGAAGAAUGUAUCCUGAGAGGUGCACCUAUUGAAGAGGUUCUUCGUCUUAUUUGCAUUCAAUCAUUUUGUAAUGGAGGUUUAAAGCAACGACUUUUAGACUAUUAUAAAAAUGAAAUAAUACAAGUCUACGGUUUUGAGCAUAUUUUCACACUGGAUAAUUUGGAGCGUGUAGGUUUGCUUUAUGAAUCUCCUAAUAGUCUAAUGAGUAGUAUACAAACAUCAAGUUUCACACCCCAAGAAAAAAUCAAUUCAAGAAAUAGUAGUCUGUCAUCGUCAAAGUUGUCAGCGAACCUAAAACAAACAAUUAUUAACAUAAGUACUAGUUAUAAUUCAGUACUAAAAGGAAACCUACGCCUUGUUUUUCCGCCUAAUUCCAAUUCAGUGAAUGACUCUGAGCAAGCGGCAUCUAGUUUGUUUUCCGGUUAUAUCCCUAUAUCUAUUCGUCUUAUUCAAAUAUGGACAAACGAUUGGUAUCCUAAACCUAAUCUAUCAUUAACAAGUAGAGGUAUAACAGAUCAAACUACGUUCACCGGUGGCGGUUCGGGGGCUUUUUUACUGUCUAAAGCUACACGUAUAGUUUCAGGCCUUAGAUCUUCAGAGAGUUUGGAAAUGUCUGAGUUACCAGAGUCUAAUGAGCGCAAUGUACCUGAAUUAAACAGUCGUGCAACAUUAACACCGACGGCAGAGAAAACUGGUGGUUUUCUUCCGAACAAUUCGUUGACUGCAACUUCUAAUCGUACAACAUCUUCACUGACUAACUUAUUAUGUGCUCCAGAAUUUAAAGUACAACUACCAGUUAGAGAUGAUUUACCUUUCACGUCCAAAAGCGGUUGUUUAAAUACGAAAAAUCAUCCAAAUAAACCGCGUAUUGUAGUCGUUGGUUUUGUUGGCGGUGUGAGUCAUGCAGAAAUAUCAACUUUAAGAACGAUAGCUGCUAGUGAAGAUGCAAAUGUUGAAUUUGUUAUUAUUACAACAGGAUUUAUAACAGCACAAUCGUUUAUUGGUUCUCUUUGUCAACCGGUUAAAUCAACUAAUCUGAUUCCAUUUUGA